AAGAGGCAGCAAACGGGACAGAUGGAAGUGUUCGUUGGUGUUCGGGCUUUGGGAUUAUAAGAGUUUUUUGUGGAUCAAGAGGAAAGAUGAAGGCCAAAAUUGAGACUAACUUGUUGGAACUACAAAUAUGAUUCCAAUGAUGGAGUGAAAGAAGACAACUCAGAGAGGACUUAAAAACUAUACACCACUUGGAAAUAGUUGAAGGAGGGAUUUCACUUUAUCUUGUCCGUUCAUCUACUGACCUGAAAAGCUUUUGCUGAACACCACGGCAGAGUCCUUUUCUCAGCAUCAGUCAGAUGACCGAUGAAGUAAACACAGCGGAGACGAUGUGUGAUGAUCCACUUUAGGGUUUACCGCAGGUGUCAGGGCAGUCACCUUUUGAGUCGUUUGUGGUUACAGAGGCGCCGAGUCAAAGUGUAUAGCAAUGUAACACUGACAUGCUUUACUCUGUGAGAUAGUGCUUAGUGAGGCGUGUGCUGGAGCUACAUACUCAGAAUUCUGACAAUCAGCAGAACUUCUUCUGGACUAAAUCAUUGCUCAUUUUCAGAUCAGUGUAUAUGACUAGUUGUCUGUCUGACAUGCAUCCUGGUGCUGACUGUACCCAGCAGAGCAUGUUGGAUUGGAAGAGUUAGUCGGGUCGAUUCUGCGAGAUUAUACUGUCUGAUAACCUGUGGUUAUUCUGAAGAGAAUUAUAUUACCAUGAGGAAUUGCUGUCCAUCUGGGCCGCGGAUGAUAGCGUAUUGACAAAGUUCUAUCAUUCAAGCGAAUAAUUGUGAAUACUUCUGGUAGAAAAAUAGAUAUCUGAGACUGAAGUGUCUCGCUGCAGUUUUCACAGCCCUUUACAAGUUAGCUUUUUAACAAAGGGCAACUAUUUCACGUUUUUUUUUUUGUCUUUACAGCACAGCCCUCAAGCUCAAUAGAUUUUAUUUAAGUGAAGCUAUGUCCAAAUGAGCUGCAGUACAAUAGUGUCUCAGUGUGUCUCCAGUUCUGGUCGGUGUGGUUGAAGCUUUAAGGUAUAUUGACUUUGGUCUGCUCAUUGUUGGGUGAGAAGUGCUGAAGGUAUUGACUUCUUUAGAUACAAUAAGUUUGACAGUCAAGAUUGUUGCCCCAGAUUUUUCUAUCCUUCAGGGCAAAACACUGUUGGUAGCUUUGUGUUGAAAAGUUAUCCAGCAAACAUGCAAGCAGGUGAAUGAGACGUACUUUGGAGGUUUUCAGGCUGUGUGUGACUGAAACAUACUUAUUGAUCUUUGCUGUUCCUUGGAGCUGUGUGGUUUGACCUGACAGAGACAAGUGGCUUAUUUACUGCUGUGGUUACAAUUGCGGCUGAUCGUUGGGGCUCCUUAGGACCAGAAUUUGCAUAACUUAGAGUUUGAAACUGCAUUAUAUAGAUAAUAAAACUCAACUCCAUUACUUGCAGAUUCUUAUUGUUAAGAAUAUCUGGAAGUUUGAUGCGAAUUUUUAUUUAAAAAAUAUGUGUCAAUCAUAUCACUUUCAUUUUGAUUAAAUGGAAUCGAGCUCCUGGAUGGCUUUAUAGUAACACACUUUCACAUUAUAUGGCUUUGCAACAAUAUGUAUUAUCACUUCCUUUAAAGCGGCACAAGCUGGAGAUACUGCUACUCUAAGCUCAUCUCUUUGCGCCUUGUAAUAUAGUUUCUAGCUCUGUUAUCACCCACUGCUCUGACCAAACCUUUGUGUGUUGUGUUAAAGCUAUUGCCAUAAGUCAGUCUUGUGUAGCUUCGCAGCUGAAGCGGUUUCAUUGCCUCUGUUGAGAUAGGUCGUCUUAGAAAUAGUUCUUUCUCUCAAACAAUAACUUCUAUCUUACUGUGCUGGAGUAAAGCUGAAGAGUCUGCACGUGUCCGCAGCACUGCAGCUGUGAACUUCUGUUCGUUGAGUAGUUUGUCUGUAGAAGUGGGGACAGAGCCACAGAGGAGCCUUUGAUUAAAUGUGCAAAACUCCACACACGGUCAGGCUCGCACAAACUCGCACAACUUUCGGGAGCACCAUGAGGCCCGUCCGAAGCGCCGUCUUCUGUCGCCGCCUCCUCUUCUCCCUGUCUCUGCCCUUGUGCAGCCUGGUCAUGGCCCUGCUCUGCAUCACUCCCCGUUGUCAGGCGGUGCAAGCAGAGAGUGUGACAGUCCUUGAGGGAGGCACGGCCCACAUCUCCUGCCACCUGCAGAACUACGAUGGCUCCAUCGUGGUGAUCCAGAAUCCCCGUCGGCAGACGCUCUUCUUCAACGGGACACGAGCGCUGAAGGAGGACCGCUUCCAGAUGGUGCUCUUCACGCCACACUUGGUGCGCAUCUCGCUGACCAACGUGAGCGUGUCUGAUGAGGGGGGCUACUACUGCCAGCUCUACACCGAGUCCACGCACCACCACGUGGCAACGCUCUCGGUCCUGGUGCCGCCCGAGACUCCCACUGUGGAGGUGAAGCAGGAGGCGGUGGAGGGCGGCCAGGCGGAGCUCACCUGCGUGUCGCCGCGCAGCAAACCGGCUGCCACUCUGCGCUGGAUGCGUAAUGGACGGGAGAUACCAGGUGAUGUGUCCCAGAAGGAGAACGGGAAGGCUUUCAGUGUGUUCAGCACCAUUCGCAUUCCAGUGGAAAGGAAGGACAAUGGAGCAGCACUAAAUUGUGAAGCAAUCCACCCGGCGCUGAACGACCAGAAGAGGAUCCGACACUAUCGCCUAGAUGUGUAUUUUGCGCCCACUGUUCGAAUCGUCUCUCCGCUAGGCAUCUUACGCGAGGGCGACUCCCUCACCCUCACGUGCUCCGUCACUGGUAAUCCUCUGCCCAGACAUAUUCAGUGGUCCAAGAUUAAUGACACCUUGCCUGAGAGGGCGGAGAUCUCUGGGGCCACUCUCCAGAUCUCCCGUCUCAGCCAAUCACACAACGGAACGUACCUGUGCCAAGCCCAGAAUAACUUUGGACGCGCUGCCGAUCAAUACACGCUGUUGGUGUACGAUAAUGUGUCACUCACAACCAUGGUCCCUCCCACUCCUAAUGCCACCCAACCAAUCACCUCCCAUCCUGUCACUCAAACCAUCCUGCCAGACAAAAAAGAUAAUGUGUCACUCACAACCACGGCUGCACUCACUCCUAACACCACCCAGUUAAUCAUCUCCCAUCCUGCAGCUCAAACUUCCCAGCCACGCAGCGACCUCGCGGAUCCGGAAGAUCCCGGUGCAGUCGUAGAUCCUCAAAGUGCAGUACCGUAUAAGGCGAUCGCCGUGGUUUUGGCCCUUCUGGUUUUCACCGUCAUCUGUGUCCUUGUUGUCACCAUCUGGUGCUCAGUUCGGCAGAAAGGUUCCUAUCUUACCCAUGAGGCCAGUGGGUUAGAUGAGCAUGGCGAAGUGCAGGAGGCCUUCCUCAAUGGGAACGAUGCCAGCCAGGGCAAGAAGGAGUACCUUCUGUAACCCCUCUCCUUCCCUAAUCCUGUCCAUUCUGACCUCAUACACCUGCCCCUCCUAGCCCCAGUCUCCCACCAUACACACACAUGUGCACACACUUCUAUACACACACAUCUAUACAACGGGCAGCCUACCGAAAGUGACUGUUUUCAAGUACUGCACACAAACAAUCCAUCUCACUCCAUGUCCUUCCAUGCACUCUCUCAUAACCCGGAGACAGACAAGAGAGCCUGUAGACCCACCAGACAUUAACGACUGUGCCAUAUAUAUUGUAAGUCAAAGACACUGGGAAAAAAAGAAGCGGAUGAGCGUGACAGAAGGAAGGGAACAUAUAGAAAAAACCCAAGUGAUGCCAUAAUUGUUUUGAUUGGGAAGGAAGACGGCGACACAGCGAAAAGAGCCACUUUGCCUGCGCGGCUGCCGAAAUGGAAGGGGAAUUAGAGGGAGAUGACUGCUGUAAUUCCCUGCCCGAAGAAGAGAAGAAUCCAAUUCACUAAGCUCUUUAACUGGAAGAGACUAUAGGAAUGCUGUGCAAAAGAGGCGAGGAUCGGGCAAAGUGGAGCAGGAACUUCGAUGAACUUGAUGGAAAAAAAAGGCUGAAAUUCUCCAAAUUGCCACGGCAUCUUGUCCCCAGCUCAAAUGUAGUUCCAGAAAUACACUAGUAAUUAAAGUCAGAGUCCCAGGAAACAUCCAUACAUGAACAAGCUAAUUGUGCUUCUUUCAUUCUGCGUUACUUUAAGGGUUUUUGACUGUCUGCGCCAGUAAAGGCACGAGGGUUUGUGCUGUAAUCUGCUCUCAACAUCCUCUCUGUACACCUGCUGUUACCAUCCUCUCCUAUAUCCGUCUUUCUGCCCCCCCCUCUUUCGCUCCUCCUUUAUUGACUCCUAAUAAUGAAAGGAUUAGCGUCGGGCCGCGUUCCUGUGAAAGAAAAGAAAUAUGACUUGCUUCGGCAUUAAAGACUAGCUUAAUUAUUUUAGAAUGUCAUUAGGAAGAUCAAAAAGUUUGAGAGUUCUAAGAAAAGGCAAAUGGAGAGACAGCAGCUAAAGGACAAGUCUGAUGGACACUUUUCUGAAUGCGACCACAAAUGCAGCUACAUGCACACAAACACACAGUAAACGAGAUGACAGAACAAAUAUACAUAUCUCUCAAUUCUUUGUUUGUAUAAAAAAGAACUGUGUAAUAAAUUAAAUUAAACUUUUAAGAAAUGAAAAAGAACUGUUUACUAUUGAAACGCGUUACCAACCAACUAUACUAACACAGAAUAUUAGCCUAUAGAAGCCGAACAAACUACUGUCCAGUGAUCUUUAAAAAAAAUAAAAUACAAAAAAAAAUUUAAAAUUGUCUUUACAAGAAACCAGAGGUCUUAUUGAUUUUUUUAAAAAUAAUUAUUGGUAUUAUUUGAACAAUUAUGAUUGUUGUUACUGUUAUUAUUGCCGUUGUUAUUAUUAUAAUUGUAAAUGUUAAAGAACUGUACACUUCUCAUGGUUUGCUUUUGGUUCUACUGUAGAUAAAUUACUGUCAUUUUUCACUUUUUCCCUCUUUCUUCCCAGUAUUUCUCUCUCUUUGUCUCUUGUGCCUAGUUGUCUCUUCUCCUGUUUUUCACUCGUUUAUUUUUGAGUCCAUGUGUCACUGUUGAUAUAUAGCUAACUAUUUCUUUAUAGGGGAAAGAUACAAAGCACGACAAAAUAAAAAAAAAACUUUAAAAAAAA